CUGUGUCCUCCAGCCAUGGCUACAGAUCUUUAAGGGCCCGCUUCAAAAGAACAACACAAAAAACAGCAAGCUCACACCAAGAGAAGGACAUAUUUUCUAACAGAGGGGAGGGCUCCACCACAGUCUGACCAAAUACUUGGGAGGGGGUCCACCACAGUGGGACCAAAUACUUGGAAAAACUAGGCAAGGAACACUUUUAAAAAAAACCCAUCUUGGAUUAUCCUUUGAGGGGCAAAUUCAACAUCCAAGUGAAUUUGUACUUCUGGACUAUGGUUUGAGACUGACCUGUCCUCUGGCAUCCAAGGAUCUACCUGCUGAUCCCCUCCACCUGGAACACUUCAGCCUGCUAAGACCUCAACAAGACCUGCUUGGAUUAUCACAAGACCUCUGUGUGGUUUCUCUCUUAAUGCAUUCACCAAAAGCUGGGGAGAAAAGUUCACACUCUCUUUACCUUUAAAGUCCUCUCCUCUUGUCUCCGGUGUUUGGAGCUGAACCCAGGAGCCAAGGAGCCAAGGAACCCAGGAGCCAUGGUCCUGUUGAAGAUGAAGUUCACCCAGCAGAGGAGGGUGCGUCUGGCCCAGGGCUUGUGGCUCUUGUCCUGGAUGGCCGUGAUGAGCGGCUCCUUCAUCUUCUCUCUGGGGGUCUACCUUAAGAUAGAGCUGCUACGUAGGGCCGAGGUGAUGGACAACACCGAGAUCCACGUGGUGCCCAACAUGCUCCUGCUGGUGGGUCUGGCGGCCAUCGCCACCAACUGGGUGGCGGGCCGAGUGUGCCAGGACUCCUUGGACCCGGGUCGCUUCCCCCGCUGGAAGGUGGUCCUGCUGGGCUGGUACGCUGCGGCCGCCCUCCUCUGCUGUCUGCUGCUGGCCGUGGUGGUCCUCAGCUACGCCCUGCAGGGCCGCCUGGAGGACUCCCUCAAGGUCGGCUUGAGGAACGGCAUCCGCUUCUACAAGGACACCGACGUUCCAGGGCGCUGCUUCCAGAAAGAGACCAUCGAUCGUCUGCAGAUGGAGUUCCGCUGCUGCGGAAACACCAACUUCAGGGAUUGGUUCGAGGUGCAGUGGGUCAGCAACAGAUACCUGGACUACACCUCCAAGGAUAUCAAGGAUCGCAUCCGCAGCAACAUAGACGGCCGCUUCCUGCUGGAUGGCGUGCCCUUCAGCUGCUGCAACCCGGUGUCCCCUCGGCCCUGCCUGCAGUCCCAGCUGACGGACAACGCCGCCCACUACAACUACGACUUCCAGAGUGAGGAGCUCAACCUUUACAACCGCGGCUGCAGGGAGGCCCUGAUCAACUACUACAUGGAGCUGAUGAACUCCACUGGCCCCGGUGUGCUGUCUGUCAUCUUGAUACAGCUGUCCAUCCUGUUCAGCCUGCGCUACCUGCAGACCUCGGUGGAAGGCGCCAUGGCUCAGGAGGAUCCGGAGGGUGACAGCCAGGGCUUCCUUCUGGAGAAGGGAGUGAAGGAGACCUUGGAGGAGGCCCAAGUCAAACUCCUGCUCUUGAUGAAGUUUGGCCAGGUGGACCCCGGUGCAGCCGAGGGUUCCGCUGACACCCCAGACAAGGACGCCGCCCCGCCUUCUUCCAGCUAGUCCACCACCUGACAAGAUGUUCCAUAGGCCAGUCUACCACCUGACAAGAUGUUCCAUAGACCAGUCUACCACCUGACAAGAUGUUCCAUAGACCAGUCUACCACCUGACAAGAUGUUCCAUAGACCAGUCAACCACCUGACAAGAUGUUCCAUAGACCAGUCUACCACCUGACAAGAUGUUCCAUAGACCAGUAUACCAGCUGACAAGAUGUUCCAUAGACCAGUCUACCACCUGACAAGAUGUUCCAUAGACCAGUCUACCUAUCAACAGACAAGAUGUUCCAUAGACCAGUAUACCAGCUGACAAGAUGUUCCAUAGACCAGUCUACCACUUGACAAGAUGUUCCAUAGACCACUCUACCACCUGACAAAAUGUUCCAUAGACCAGUCUACCACCUGACAAGAUGUUCCAUAGACCACUCUACCACCUGACAAUAUGUUCCAUAGACCAGUCUACCACCUGACAAGAUGUUCCAUAGACCAGUCUACCACCUGACAAGAUGUUCCAUAGACCAGUCCACCACCUGACAAGAUGUUCAAUAGACCAGUCUACCACAUGACACAAUGUUCCAUAGACCAGUCCACCACCUGACAAGAUGUUCCAUAAGCCAGUCUACCACCUGACAAGAUGUUCCAUAGACCAGUCUACCACCUGACAAUCCAUAGACCAGUCGUCCAGCUGACCAGAUGUUCAAUAGACCAGUCUACCACCUGACAAGAUGUUCCAUAGACCAGUCUACCACCUGACAAUCCAUAGACCAGUAUACCACCUGACAAGAUGUUCUAUAGACCAGUGUACCAGCUGACAAGCUGUUCCAUAGACCAGUCCACCACCUGACAAGAUGUUCCAUUGACCAGUCCACCACCUGACAAGAUGUUCCAUAGACCAGUCUACCACCUGACAAGAUGUUCCAUAGACCAGUCUACCACCUGACAAGAUAUUCUAUGGACCAGUCUUCCACCUGACAAGAUGUUCCAUAGACCAGUCUACCACUUGACAAUCCAUAGACCAGUCUACCACCUGACAAGAUGUUCCAUAGACCACUCUACCACCUGACAAGAUGUUCCAUAGACCUCUCUACCACCUGACAAGAUAUUCUAUUGACCAGUCUACCACCUGACAAGACGUUCUAUAGACCAGUCUUCCAGCUGACAAGAUGUUCUAUAGACCAGUCUACUAGCUGACAAGAUGUUCCAAUAGACCACUCUACCACCUGACAAGAUGUUCCAUAGACCAGUCUACCACCUGACAAGAUAUUCUAUGGACCAGUCUUCCACCUGACAAGAUGUUCCAUAGACCAGUCUACCACUUGACAAUCCAUAGACCAGUCUACCACCUGACAAGAUGUUUCAUAGACCACUCUACCACCUGACAAGAUGUUCCAUAGACCUCUCUACCACCUGACAAGAUAUUCUAUAGACCGGUCUACCACCUGACAAGAUGUUACAUAGACCACUCUACCACCUGACAAGAUGUUCCAGAGACCACUCUACCACCUGACAAGAUGUUCCAUAGACCAGUCUACCACCUGACAAGAUAUUCUAUAGACGAGUCUACCACCUGACAAGAUAUUCCAUAGACCAGUCUACCACCUGACAGGAUGUUCCAUAGACCAGUCUACCACCUGACAAGAUGUUCCAUAGACCAGUCCACCACCUGACAAGAUGUUCCAUAGACCAGUCUACCACCUGACAAUCCAUAGACCAGUCUACCACCUAACAAGAUGUUCCAUAGACCACUCUACCACCUGACAAGAUGUUCCAUAGACCAGUCUACCACCUGACAAGAUAUUCUAUAGACCAGUCUACCACCUGACAAGAUAUUCCAUAGACCAGUCUACCACCUGACAAGAUGUUCCAUAGACCACUCUACCACCUGACAAGAUGUUCCAUUGACCAGUCUACCACCUGACAAGAUGUUCCAUAGACCACUCUACCACCUGACAAGAUGUUCCAUUGACCAGUCUACCACCUGACAAGAUGUUCCAUUGACCAGUCUAACACCUGACAAGAUGUUCCAUAGACCAGUCUACCACCUGACAAGAUGUUCCAUAGACCAGUCUACCACCUGACAAGAUGUUCCAUAGAGCACUCUACCACCUGACAAGAUGUUCCAUAGACCAGUCUACCACCUGCCAAGCUGUUCCACUGACCAGUCUACCACCUGACAAGAUGUUCCAUAGACCAGUCUACCACCUGCUCCCAGUUCCACCCACACUGGUGUGAAUGUAGUUUCCACAUGUAGAUAAUAGUUUCCACUAUGAAAGUGGUUUGAGUCACUAGAGAAAAAGCGCUAUAUAAAUACAAAUCACUGUUCCUGAUCUUUGAUUCCUGAUCUUAGAGCGUCUCUCAACCUUCCAGGUAACUAUUAGGAUAAAGAAGCAUGUGCAGUACAAACUCAUUCAUCAUGAUGAAUGCGCUAAUCUUGGUGAUUAAUCGCCAGUUAACUCGUUAUUUUUGACAGCCCUAGUACUUUGUAAGUGUUGAAUUCUAUUUGGUGUGUCCAAACGUUUGGCCUGUACUGUAAAUAAAACACGUUAUAUCAAAAUACGUCUGAUGGUGAUGCAAGUUGGAGCAUUACAGGCAAAUUUAACGCUCUAACCAACGCAAGACAAAUCAUAUUUGACACCAACAUGUCCUCUGUGGAGGACCUCAGCAUCAUGUGACCAUCACAGUUUGUUCACUGGAGUCUAGUUUCUUGUUCUUUCAGCCAAGUAGACUUGAGACGAAUACAAGACACAUUUGAGCUGAUGCAAGCAGAGUAUUGAUCGCUAGUAGUUUGUACAUUGAAAUGCUGACUCGAGUGUUGUUAGUGACAAUAAUAAAUAACUAUUUUAACCGC